AUGAGAAACGUUGAACGGGAUGAUCGAUGUUGUUCACCAUGUCACAAUCGUCAACCAUUAUCUGUUGCUUUAACAAAACCGUGCAGUCGUGAUAGAUGCGAUAUACCGGUUUCUUGUGAAGAUGAUUUUGCAUCAAUGCAGAAUCAUCACGGUCAUUCAAUAAAAUCAUGCGGUUGUGAUAUGUGCGAUAUGCCAGCUCGUUGUGAACGCGAUUUUGCAUCAGUUCAGAAUCAUCAUGGCCAUGGAAAAAAUCGACGACUUGUACGAGAAUACUUCAGUGAUUUUCGUCCUAUUGCUUAUUACAAUUCAUACUGGUGGGCACCACGACCAAUGACAAUGACACAAUGGGCACCAGCACCAGCACUGCUACCAAUGACAAUGAUACCAUGGAGAUCACCAUCAUUUCAUCAUGGUUUUGGAGAUGGAUUCUUUAGACAUUUCGGCGCGGUAGAAAUACAAGAACAACGGUGCCGACCUUGUCGUUGUGUCGUAAGAUGUGUUCAUCAACCAGCGAAAAUUGUUAAACAAUUAACAAUACGAUCACGACCUACAUCUUGUCAUGAUCUUCGAGAACACCAUCGACAUGACAAGCGCGUUGAUGUACAUCACCAUAUUAAUGUUAACUGCAAUCAUGCGAGCACAGCAUCACCACCGCCACCGCCACCACUACCACCUCGACCAAGUACAACCGAUACUGGAACAGCUGCGCCUACUAUAGAAAAAUCAUCUCGACCACCUUUAACUACCUCAGAAACUGAAAGAUUCGAUCGUUUUGAAGAGGAAAAAACAAUCAAACAAGAUAAAGUCAUAACAAAAAUUACUCAAAAGACUUGCGUAGUCGAAGAACCAGUGAAAGUUACUACUUACGAAUGUAGAAAAACAAGCAAUUAUCAACGUGCUGACGCUGUUAAUCAAGUAGAACGAAGCAAAAUUUCAAUAGGAGGAUAUCAACAAAUUGGAGGAUACCAAAAUAGUGGAGAAUUCCAACAAACUCAAGAAUUUCAACAAACAGGAGGACAUCAACAAAUCGGAGGAUUCCAAAAUAGUGAAGGAUUUCAACAAACUCAAGAAUUUCAACAAAUCGGAGGAUUCCAAAAUAGUGGAGGAUUCCAACAAACUCAAGAAUUUCAACAAACAGGAGGACAUCAACAAAGCGGAUCUUUCCGACGAAUUGGAUGUUGUGAACAAACAGGUUCAGGUGUAUCAACGUCAGUAUGCUGUUCAUCAGAUAACGUUUUGAACGAAGAAAAUAGACAUUUCGCGUAUGAAUCACUAUCACCUUGUAUUCGAUCCAUCGAUAAUGCUUCAAAAACAAUCGAUUCGAUUGAAACCUUCUCCUGUUCAACACAGCCAUUUAUUACUCAAAAAACGUCCGAAACUCGAAGAAUCGUUACAUCAAAUUAA